AUGUCUCUUUCGGAUCCUGGUUAUGUUUUGGAGAUUCAGCGGGAAAAGGAUGCAAAAAUGCCUGCUUGUCGAUGUUCGAAUUGUGACCCUCAAGGAGCUGCUCGAAUCAUUCGACUGCUUCCACAAACAAAAUCAGCCGAUUUGAAUGCUCUGAUUUCGUCUUUUCCAUCUGAGGCUGAGCCAGAAGACGAAUCACUACUCAAUAUUCCAAGGAGCAGCAGGAAGCGAAAAUUUUCCAGCAACAUUCCACUUGUAUGCAAGUGGAAUGACCCAAUCCGACUGGAUGUAUCAAUCAUUGAUCUUACAGUUUCCAUUCUUGCAAAUUACAAAAUUCUUUUCAAGAAAACGUAUCCAACCGAUCCACCCUAUUUACCCAAAACUCUUUUCAACCUUGAGGAUGCUUGGCAGAUUUCUAAGAAUUACAUAUCAGUUUCCAAUGGAGACUUUCUGCGAGAGAUCCUUGGAGGACAAACGAUACCUGGACUCUUUGAAUCAAUCACAACUAGUAUCAAUUCUUGGCUUCAGAGUGACUCGUACAAACAACACCAAGACAAUCUUGAAGAUAUCUAUCCAGAUUUCAAUCGAUCAAGAGAUACUUGA